AUGCACCUCCGCCCCGACCACGCAGUCCACGACCUCCCAACCCUCCACGCAUUUAUCCGACAACACCCGUUGGGCCUCCUAACAACCUCGCUCCCAUCAACCGACUUCCCGACGCUGCAAUGCACGCAUAUACCCUGGGUCCUUGACCCUCCAGAGGGUUUUGCAGACGCAGAUCUAAACUCUAAUUCGAAUUCGAAACCGGAGAAAGGGAAGCUGCGCGGUCAUAUUGCCCGCACGAACCCGCAUACAAGGGCGAUGGUUCAGGCUGUUACGGGAACGGGGAGGGAUGCCGGGUCCGAUUUCGUCACGGCGGAUGCCAGUGGUACGCAGGGCCUGACUCUACCUGGUGAAGUCUUGAUCGUGUUUACAAGUCCGAUCGAUCACUACAUCUCGCCGCAUUUCUAUACCGAGACGAAAAAUUUGAAUGGGAAGGUUGCGCCGACGUGGAACUAUGCUGCUGUGCAGGUUUAUGGGCGGAUGGUUGUUUAUCAUGAUGUAAAGGAUAAGAAAACUGGACGGUUUCUUAUGGAUCAGUUGGGGGAUUUGGCGAGGCUUGGUGAGGUUGGUGUUAUGGGGUAUACUUCCAGAGAAGGAUGGAAUGAUGGGACGGAUGUGGAACGAGGCGAUCAGGGACGAUCUCCGUGGGAGAUUGCCGAUGCCCCGAGGGAGUACAUCGAGACGCUGAAGAAGGGCAUCGUCGGGAUGGAGGUGGAGAUCACGAGGGUUGAGGGCCGGUUUAAGGUUAGUCAAGAGAAAAGGGGGAUGGAUCGCGAGGGUGUUGUGGGCGGGCUUGAGGCGAUUGGAAGUGCGCGGGCGAGCGAGAUGGCAAGGUUUGUAAGGAGUGGGAGGGUCGUUUAG